AUGUACGGAUACAAUUAACCUCAAAUGUAAGAUUUUGAUCAUUAGGGUUCAUCUUAAUUGCAGAUGCCCCAAGCUAAUAAGCCUUAGUAAGCCAACAUUUUAAUCUCUCCUCCUCCUGCACAAAGCUCUUAUGAGGAUUAAGUUAACUACUACUAAUAAGAAGCAUGCAGACUUUACAUAGCAAAUGUAGUAUUGACAAACUAGGUGAAGGAACUCCUUUAAGAAAAGAAUGAUCUACUAUAAAAAUAUUAAAAAUUAGAAAAAAGAUAACUUGAUACUUAACAAAGCUUGGCUGAAGAAAAGAAAAAAAGACAUAGAAGAGCAGCCCAUGAAAUAGAAAGACACUACAAAUGUCCUUAAGAAACAUGCUAGAAAUCAUAUGGCUCAGAAGGUUCAUUAGCUUAACAUAUAAAGCUCAAACAUCCAGAUUUCUUCUAGAUCAUUUCUGCAAAUAUUUCUCAGACUCUACAAGCUAUGCGUGUAGAUCAACCUUUAGAUUCUAAAGCAGAAUACACUGAUUAUGAUGAAGAAGAUGAGUCCGAUACUUCUUCAAAAGGAAAAUAAAAAUAGAAGGAUAGCAAAGAAAAGUGA